UGAAACACGAACAAAUGGCGACACGGAAGUCGCUUCCUUACAUCCCUAUGGUCUGAUUGAUGCAGCGCAGACGGUGAGCUUCGCAGGUGAAAUGUGUGCUCUGAGUAAAUAAGGACUCGCUCGGCCUCUGUCACUCAAACUGUGCCACCAUGGCCGCGAUGGGGCAGCCGAAGGCACCAAACACAGGCGAAAGCGCGGCUGCGGCCGUCUGUUCCGAAGCGGCGCACUACACCGCAGAUCGCUACGCGAGACUCAUCCUGGCGCAGAUGAACAAGAUGCGGCUGCGGACGGACUUCUGCGACGUGCAGCUGCGGGUCGGGGGUCGUGUGUUCAGCGUCCACAGGCUCGUCCUGGCGGCCAGCAGCCCCUACUUCUCCGCGCUGUUCUCCGGCGGCAUGAGCGAAGUCAACAAGGAAGAGGUCCAGAUUCUGGGGGUGGAGGCUGAGGUCUUCGAAAUGUUAUUAGAAUUUAUUUACACAGGUAUGAUUGACGUGACAGUUGACAACGUGCAGGAACUGAUUGUGGCAGCGGACAUGCUGCAGCUGAAUGAGGUGGUCACCAUCUGCUGCGAGUUUCUCAAGGCCCAGAUGGACCCCUGCAACUGUGUGGGCAUCUAUCAGUUCCUGGAGCAGAUCGCCUGUAUGGACAUGCUGGAGUUCACUGAGAAUUACAUCUACGUCCACUUCCUGGAGGUGUGCGUGGCGGAGGAGUUCUUGGGCCUGUCAAAGGACCAGCUGGUGAAGCUGUUGCGGAGCGAGGAGCUGAGGAUUGAGGAUGAGUACCAGGUGUUCACAGCUGCCAUGGACUGGGUGCUGCAUGAUGUAGCCAAGCGGAAGAAGCACGUGGUUGAGGUGCUGGACCCAGUGCGCUUCCCACUGCUGUCCCCACAGCGGCUCUUCAAGUACAUCGAGGGCAUUUCUGACUUUAGCCUGCGGGUGGCGCUGCAGACUUUACUGAAGGAGUACACUGAGGUCACCAAGUGCCCUAAAGAGAAUAAGAUUUUCAGCCUGUUGCAGCCGGGCAAGACUCGGCCCAGAAGAAAGGCAAGGAAAUAUCUUUAUGCUAUAGGGGGCUACACCCGCCUGCAGGGGGGGCGCUGGAGCGACAGCCGGGCUCUGAGCUGCGUGGAGCGCUUCGACUCCUUCAGCCAGUACUGGACCACGGUGUCAUCCCUUCACCAGGCACGCAGCGGGCUUGGCGUGGCCGUCCUGGAGGGCAUGAUCUACGUGGUGGGAGGGGAGAAAGACUCCAUGAUAUUUGACUGCACCGAGCGCUACGAUCCGGUGACCAAGCAGUGGGCAGCCGUGGCCUCCCUCAAUUUCCCACGUUGCGGGGUGGGCGUGUGUUCCUGCCAUGGGGCCCUCUAUGCGCUGGGAGGCUGGAUUGGAUCAGAGAUUGGGAAGACCAUGGAGCGAUACGAUCCAGCGGAGAAUAAAUGGGAGAUUAUUGGAAGUAUGGCAGUUCCUCGCUACUACUUUGGCUGCUGUGAGCUACAGGGGUUCAUCUACGUGAUCGGCGGGAUCAGCGACGAGGGCAUGGAGCUGCGCUCGGCGGAGAUGUACGACCCCAUCUCCCGCCGCUGGACCGCGCUGCCCGUCAUGGUCACGCGCCGGGCCUACGUGGGCGUGGCCAGCCUGAACAACUGCAUCUACGCGGUGGGGGGCUGGAACGAGGCCCUGGGCUCCCUGGAGACGGUGGAGAAGUACUGCCCCGAGGAGGAGAAGUGGGUGGAGGUGGCGCCCAUGGCGGUAGCGCGUGCUGGGGUGUCAGUGUCUGCCGUCAACGGCCUCCUUUACGCGGUGGGCGGCCGGGCCUCCAGCCGGGACUUCUCGGCGCCGGUGACCGUGGACUCGGUGGAGAUCUACGACCCGCACCUGGACAGCUGGACCGAGAUCGGCAACAUGAUCACCAGCCGCUGCGACGGGGGCGUGGCCGUGCUCUGAGAAACCCCCCCGGCCGAAAGUCGAAGAGCAGCUGUGGCUGUAGUGUUCCCCCCUAAAACCAGCCUCAGUCGUGAAACCAAGCGAAACUUACAGCUAGGACCUGCAUAACCAUGGUGACACUGGCAGCGAUCACUCCUCACUAACGUGCCAGCCGGUCUGGAGCACAGCACAGGGGCAGCAUGGGUAAAUUUAUUUAUUCAACAAUCACCAUUUGCUGAGAUAAGAUGGAUUGAUUGAGCCAAUUACAGGAAAUAUGUCAGGAUCAAGAAAAAUCAGUCUUCAGUAUAGUAAAACGGUCAGUCAUGAUUAAACUCCUGGUAAAGGAAAUAAUCCAGUCUCGGUACACAACAUUUCAGCCAGCUAAACGUACAGCUGAAAAA